GUGCAGCAGUCGCCCUCCUUUUUCGGCGCGUGGCCCGCGUUCGGCCCGCUUCGGCCCGCUUCCGAAUGCGCUGCAUCGCAUCCCCCCCCGCUGCCGCCGCCGCCGCUGCUACUGCUCCCUUCCUUCCUUCCCUUCGGUCGCGGAAGAAAAGUUGGAAAUGACAAACAAAAAAAAAAAAAGAAAAUGGUACAUCAUGCAAAGCGCAUAUUUCUGCAAAACGGAACUCGCGUGAAUUACUAAAUACUGGCGAUAAGAUCCGUCUUAGGUCUGCGCUGCCAACACUGUGAAUGAUGGCAGAGCCUCGAUUUAAUAAUCCAUAUUUCUGGCCGCCGCCUCCCUCCAUGCCUGGCCAGCUAGAUAACCUCGUGCUGAUCAAUAAGAUUAAAGAGCAGCUGAUGGCGGAGAAGAUCAGGCCUCCACACCUGCCGCACACUUCCGUUCCCUCCCAGCAGCCCCUGCUGGUCCCCGGCUCGCCCUCGGAAGGCGGCCAGCACGCCGUGCCUGUGCCCAAGCUCCAGCAGGUGGCGACUCUCCACUCGCACGGCUCGUCGCAGCCCGACAUCGCCUUGCAUGCUCGCCCCGCCUCCAGCACUGUGACAGGCCUUAUUCUCGGUGAUGUAAACUUGAAUCUGGACGAUAAGUCGGCGUUGAAAGCGAAGGGACUGCGAGAAGACUGGCAUCUGCGGCAGAUUGUAGACCAGCCCUCGAGAAUGAACCACAUUUCAGGUCUCUCGCUGUCGUCUCGCAACGCCAGCCACAACACCUCAGAGGCGAUCACCCCCACCACGCCCACCUCCAGCAGCCAGAACCGAAUGGGUGGAGCGCCGUCCCAGAAUGUCAUUUCCGGAUUAGCCAGCGGUGCGGGAAUGGAGCCUCUCAAGAACGGGGGCCUGGCAGGGUUGCUGGGGCCGCCACCCAAAAUGCCGCGCGGACGCAAGAAGAUCAAGGCGGAGAACGGCUCCGGGCCUCUGCUGGUCGUGCCGUAUCCCAUUCUGGCCGCGGGCACCGACCAGUCCGCGGUCACCAUUACGGCCAAGGAGGGGAAAACCUACAGGUGCAAGGUGUGCCCGCUGACCUUCUUCAGCAAGUCGGACAUGCAGAUCCACUCCAAGUCGCACACGGAGGCCAAGCCGCACAAGUGCCCCCACUGCUCCAAGUCGUUCGCCAGCGCCUCCUACCUGGCCCAGCACCUGCGCAUACACCUGGACGUGAAGCCCUACCACUGCUCCUACUGCGAGAGGUCCUUCCGCCAGCUCUCCCACCUGCAGCAGCACACCAGAAUUCAUACAGGCGAUCGACCAUAUAAAUGCGCCCAUCCCGGAUGCGAAAAGGCCUUCACCCAGCUCUCGAACCUUCAGUCGCACCAGAGGCAGCACAACAAAGACAAGCCGUACAAGUGUCCGAACUGCUACCGGGCCUACGCGGACUCGGCCUCGCUGCAGAUCCACCUCUCGGCGCACGCCAUCAAAAACGGCAAGGCGUUCUGCUGCAGCGUGUGCGGCCGGGCGUACACCUCCGAGACCUACCUGACAAAGCACAUGUCCAAGCACACGGUGGUGGAGCAUCUGGUGAGCCAGCAUUCCCCGCAGCGGACAGACUCCCCGAACAUCCCCAUCCGCAUCGCGCUCAUCUGAGCGCCGUCUCCGCACAGGGCCGGCGAGCUCCCGCCUCCCCCCCCACCCCCCCAAGCCCAAGUACUCGGUGCUCUUGUUUGUUCCAAAAAAAAAAUGUGCCCGACAGCAACUUUUUACCGAGAAUCAGCUCCCUUUUUUUGUGUGAUUAUGAGGAGAAAUCCAAAAAGAUUCUAGAGCACUUUUCAUGUUUUAGUCUUGUUGUGUUGGUCUUUAAAGACGAAACAAACACAAGUAUUUUCUAAGGCAGCUAAGGGUUGUCAUAGUGCAUAGUAUAUUACAAGUACUUUUACCGCAUUUAAAAACACUUGGUUCUUUUUCCCAUUUGUAUAAUAAGUCUCUCUUAAUUUCUUUGCAUUAUGGUGAAUUAAAAAAAUUGUAUCCGAGCGAAGACACAUUAAGUAAGAGCUAAACUGACCAAGAGCAAGUUUUUUUCCCGUAGUAAGAAUGUGGUGUCGUCCACUGCUUUAAAUAGGCCAGCCGAAAAUAUUAAAAAGAAGCAAUGAAUAUUUUUUUAAGUCUUCGAGCAAAUAGCAACUGUGACAAUGACAUGAACUGACAUGCUUUCGGGGAAGGGAUGUCGAUUUCUUGCCUGUUCUGCUCUCAAUCUCUCUUUAUGCAGCCCUGUAUAAUGGAGACGCUGCAGACGGGUUCGUACACCUGACUGGCUCUUAGUAGCAGCUUCAUAUUUUAAAUACAUCCGUAUGUAUGUUCCAUUUAGUGGCAUUUGAAUCUCUGCAUGUUUCUGCGAACAUGUUUCUUUACGUAGCUACUGUAACUUGAUUGUGAAUAUUUUUUUUUUUGUUUGUUUGUUUUAUUAAAUGUAUUCAUCUUUGUGACUGUUUUCAGCGAUCAGUCCUAAUCAGUAUUGGCAAAUCCAACAGAACUUUAUAAAUGUUUUGGGGAACAUUUAUAAAAAUAUGGAUUUAACUUUUUUUUUUCUUUCUUUUUUUCCCCCCGAAAGAGAAAGUUUGAAUGCUGAAUGACACUAAUAUAUUUGACUGGUGUUCGUAAGAGCAUAGAAAGAGUUAUGCUGGUUUUAAUUGUCUAAUGACAAGUGGAGGCAGCAAGAAAAGGGUUUUUAAUGUCGAGAAAAAAAACGUCAGCUAUCGGACUUCACGGAAGUACACGUUUGAGGCGUCCCUUUGAGCGCAUCGGGCACUUAGGGGAACCUCGGCACGUUCGCAUGUUGUUCUGUAAAUUCGGUUCGGUCAGAUUGGCGUGGCCGUAAUCAACUCUGACUGACAUGUUCGGGCAAGCGUCACUUUAACAGUAAUAACAGAUGGUGACAUUAAAAGGUAAAGGGAAAAAAAAAAAAAUUUCCUUGGAUGUACUGCAAAGCAUCGCCACAAUGGUUUCUCCAAUUGAGACUUUGUUUACAUAUUCUGUAUAUUUUCUUUUGAAUAAAACUGCCAACAAAAACAGACCCUCUUUUUUAAAUGGAGUAAAUGGGAAUAUGUAUGUUUAUGCUUUAAAAAGAAAAAAAGAAAAAAAGAAAAAAAAACCUUAUUACUGUUUUGUAAUUCAAAUUUUAAGACCAGACUUCUGUUUUGGGUUUCCAGAUAAAUUCUGUACAGUUGUGUAUAAAAGACUUCCUUCAUAAUCCUUUUACUCUCAUGUUUAGAUAUUAAUAAUUUGUUAUUUUUAUACACAUUUAAGCCUUAACUAUGUUACUGUAUGACCAUAUUUACUUCCCCCUCCCCACAUUGUUUGCUGUUCUGUACGUAGUACUGUUAGCAUGGAAUAUACUGUAAAUACUCUAACAGUUAACCCAUUUUCUAUAUUAAAAUCAUUAUAUAGCUCUGUAUACUGAUUUUUUUUUUUCCCCCCUCCAUUUUCUCUUGAAUAGUGGUUUCGAAGGUAAAUGACGGCGUGGGUUCAGUUAGCGCUCAAACGAUGUCGUCUG